AUGGCGCCGCCGGAUGUGAGUGCCAAUUUCGACACCGAGUCACAGUCCCACCCGCCGCCGCCGCACCACGUCUCCUCCUCCGUUUUCAUGGACGCCAAUCGCAACGUCACCCUCAAGUUCGAGGACGUGGUUUACAAGGUGAAGCUACCAAAUCCCGGAUUCUCAAAAUGCCACAAAUCGCCGGAAUCGGAUUCGGAAGUCGAGAAGGUGAUCCUAAAAGGCGUCACGGGAAUCGUCCACCCGGGCGAGAUGCUAGCAAUGCUGGGACCCUCGGGGAGCGGCAAAACGACGCUCCUCACCGCGUUGGGGGGCAAACUCGGCGGAGAAGGGAAACUCGACGGAGCCAUAACCUACAACGGAAAACCCUUCUCCAGCCGGAUGAGACGGUCAAUAGGGUUCGUGACGCAAGAUGACGUCCUCUACCCGCACCUCACGGUGACGGAGACCCUCGUCUACACGGCGCUCCUCCGCCUCCCCAACUCGCUGACGAAGCGCGAAAAAGUCGGGCAGGCGGAGGCGGUGAUCGGGCAGCUAGGGCUGGACAAGUGCAAGGACGGGAUCAUCGGCGGGGAGGACCUCCGGGGUGUCUCCGGCGGGGAGAGGAAGAGGGUGAGUAUAGGGCAGGAGAUGCUGGUGAACCCUAGCUUGUUGUUUCUCGACGAGCCGACGUCGGGGCUGGACUCGACGACGGCGCAGAGGAUCGUGUCGACGGUGUGGGAGGUGGCGAGGGGCGGCGGGAGGACGGUGGUGAUGACGAUCCACCAGCCGUCGAGUAGGCUGUUCUACAUGUUUGAUAAGGUGAUGUUGUUGUCGGAAGGUUGGCCGUUGUAUUUUGGGCGAGGCGGGGAUGUGAUGGAGUAUUUUGAGAAGGCUGGGUAUGUCCCUCGGGUGCCUAUGAAUCCGUCGGAUUUCCUCUUGGACCUCGCCAACGGAGUGUCGUCGGGGGAGAACGAGGGCCAGGAAGACCCGGUCAAAGUCAAGGAGGCAUUGGUUUCGGCCUACAAGGCUACUCUGGCCGAGAAGUUGAAAUCGGAGCUGCAGCAGGUUAAUCAGGAAACAGGUGGGGCUGCCGGCGGCGGGGAGAUUGUUCAGCAGAGGGACAGGACGUCUCGCGGCGGCGGCAAGAAGCAGCAGUAUUCUGGGUGGCCGACGACUUGGUGGCAGCAGUUCACGAUCUUGAUCUCCAGGGGACUGAAAGAGAGGAAGUACGAGUCUUUCUCCGGGCUCAAGAUUUUUCAGGUGCUCGCCGUCGCCAUCCUCUGCGGCCUACUCUGGUGGCAGUCCAGUGCUGCCAAUCUGCAGGAUCAGAUUGGGUUGCUCUUCUUCUACUCGGGCUUCUGGGGAUUCUACCCUUUGUUCGAGGCCAUCUUCACGUUCCCACAAGAACGGCGGAUGCUAAUGAAGGAACGUUCAUCCGGGAUGUACAAACUCUCUUCCUACUUCAUGUCAAGAAUCGUCGGCGACCUUCCCAUGUCGUUGGUGUUACCGACCGUCUUCGUCAUCAUAACGUACUUCAUGGUGGGCUUCAAGCCCACCCCGGCCCACUUCUUCCACACCCUAGCCGUGCUCCUCUACAGCGUCCUUGUGGCCUCGGGCCUGGGCCUUGCCAUCGGGGCCCUGGUAAUGGACCAGAAGAACGCCACCAUCAUGGGCUCGAUCAUCAUGCUCGCCUUCCUGCUCGCCAGCGGCUACUACGUGCAGCACGUGCCGCCGUUCAUCGCGUGGAUCAAGUACAUCUCGAUCGGUCAGCACACCUACAAGCUACUCCUCGGGUCUCAGUUCGCCGACGACGACCUGUACCCUUGCGGCGGCGGGAAGGUGUGCCGGGUUGGGGAUUAUCCGGCGAUAAAGAGCGUUGGGCUUGACGGGCAGGCGGUUUCGGCGGUGGCGCUGCUGGUGAUGAUUGUUGGGUACAGGCUUGUUGCGUAUCUUGCUCUAAUGAGGAUUGGGGAGGUCAAGAAGUAG